UCACGUUAUGCGUUCUCACCACAGGACACAGAAUUUACAUUUCCAAGUUCCUCGUCGCGUCGCGGUUACAACGAUUUCCCUGGGGGCAAUGGCGGCAGCGCCAAUUCCCUCGGCGGCAACAUCUGCAACAUGCCAAUGGCCAGCAACAAUUCGCUGAACAAUCUGUGCGGCCUAUCGAUCGGCAGCGGCGGCAGCGAUGAUCUGAUGAACGAUCAGCGCACAAGCAACACCAAUUUGAUAGUGAACUAUUUGCCGCAGGAUAUGACUGAUCGCGAGCUGUAUGCCCUAUUUAGAGCCAUUGGACCCAUCAACACGUGCAGAAUCAUGAGAGACUAUAAGACUGGCUACAGUUUUGGUUAUGCUUUCGUGGACUUCACAUCGGAAAUGGACUCGCAGCGUGCUAUAAAAGUUCUCAAUGGGAUCACAGUGCGCAAUAAGCGGCUCAAGGUUUCAUAUGCGCGUCCGGGCGGUGAGUCGAUCAAGGAUACAAAUCUGUAUGUGACCAAUCUGCCGCGCACGAUAACCGACGAUCAGCUGGACACGAUCUUUGGCAAAUACGGUUCCAUAGUGCAAAAGAAUAUAUUGCGUGAUAAGCUAACUGGGCGGCCAAGGGGCGUGGCGUUUGUGCGCUAUAACAAACGCGAGGAGGCACAGGAGGCUAUCUCGGCGCUGAACAAUGUUAUACCAGAGGGCGGCUCCCAGCCACUGUCCGUGCGCCUGGCCGAGGAGCAUGGCAAGGCAAAGGCGGCGCAUUUCAUGUCACAGAUGGGAAUGGGACCGCCGCAGGCGCCGCCACCACCACCACCACCACCACCGCACAUGGCGGCCGGCUUCAAUAACAUGGUUCACAGAGGUAGAUCAUUAAAAUCACAACAGCGCUUCCAAAAAACGCAUCCCUACUUUGAUGCACAAAAGUUUAUCUAAAACAAAAGUAAACAAAACUGAUCAAACAAC